AUGAAAGCCAGGUUUAAAUCCUCCCAAAAAAGUGAUAGACGAGCUGGAUCGAUCAAGAAAAAUACGAAAGCUGGAAUCUUGAAGAAAGAUAGCCAUAGAAGUUCUAUCAGGAAGUCUUAUAUAUUCAAACAGACGAGGCUUAAUUCAGCAAUUACGAAAAGAUCUCAUCAUAAGACUCUUAAUGUAAAUAACUCUCAUAUCAGAAAUAAUCUCAACACUGACACUGGAACUGAUUUUCAUAUCCCAGAUGAUGUGAAAUACAGAUUUAUCACUCCUAAAGUUUUGGAUAAUGCUUACAACAAGGAAGCCUUCAAUCAGGGUUACAACCACUUAGCAAUGAUUGCGUCUCAAAGACAUGACAAAGAGGCUAAAUUUCAAAACUACGUUAGCAAAUAAACUGGAUAAGAAGCACAUAAAAGCUGAAGAAAAUAGGAAAAUGUUGUCUGAAUAUGCCCAAAAGAAGCUCCAGAAGCAACAGGAAAAGCGAGAGACAGUCAAAAACAGAAAGUCAACAAUCGAGCAGGAGUUCAGAGCAAAACAUGAGAAACUCUAUCAGAAGGACAAAAGCGAAUAUGAACAGUUUUAUAAGGAUAAAUUAAAAUAAGGAAUUUGAAAAUAUGCAUAAUGCUUCAGAAAGACACAGGAAGUCUCUUAACACUUCAGUAUCUAGGAAGAGAGUAGUCCAAGAGAGGAAGUUUAAGCAGAGAAGGCAUGAGAAGUCACUCCAGGUGACCCCAAGAUCCUCGAAAAAGCAUGCAAGAACCUCUACAGUUCAGGCUUCAACAAUGAGACCUGGAAGAUCCUUUAGAGAAACCUUCCUUGAGUCUCAAAGAGAGUUUGAGAAACGUGCAAAUUUUGAGAGGAAAAUGAACGAUCUCCAAAAGCUGAGAGAAUACGAAUAUCAAAAGAGAAAAGCCUUAAAUGAGCAGAAAUUCAUUGGCAUGGCUGAUACCAUAACCAUUUAGAGAAUUCAAAU